AUGUUGCAGUGCUGGAGUCGAUUUCCCGAGAUUCGUCCAACGUUUGCCGAAGUCUGCCGAAAAAUGGAUGAAUUUGUGGAAGCUUCCAAUAAUGAAGAGAGUCCAUUCUCUGGCCCUUAUAUCUAUCGUGUUCCUAUCGGAACUUCAACAAUCCCUUCUCAGCAAAUACUUUCAGUUGGUGAUGCGGAAUGGCAACGCCCAAAAGCUACUGAUUCCCCCAUGACACCACAUGCAAAUGACUCUGCUGUAAAUCUGAUUCAUUCAAACUCUCUGAGCAUGUCACACCGAGGGGGUAGUGCCACGCCAUAUCGAACUCAUAGUCUUCAACGCCAUAGACCCGAGACUCUCAGAGAUCCGGAGGAUCAUUUCUCCGGCACAUUCUACUUCAAUUCCCAGCAACCUCAAUUACAAGAUCAGCAGAUGGCAGUAGCACAACCAGUCAUGCAACCGUACGCUCGUCAGGCUAGUCUAACUGAAUGUCUGGUCAGGCGCGGUCCACCAAUAUUGCAAAGACAACUUAGCGAUAGGUAUCAGUAUAACAGGGAUCAUACUGAAGUCGAUUCUAUGGGGUGA